ACUUUAUUAAUGAAAGGUAAAACAUUUAAACCGGGUGAACCGUAUACUCAUCGUCUGAAUAAAAUCCUUGAUGAAUAUCCGGAUGGAUCUCAAAUCCUCCGCGAAAUUCUUCAAAACUCUGAUGACUCUAAAAGCCGCACGCAAACAUUUUUACUGGAUCAUAAUACUUAUCCAACUAAAAAAUUAAUUGAGCCUGUACUGAAUGGAUAUGAUAAAAGUGACUUGAAAUUAGAUCGAUAUCAAGGUCCUGCUCUUUUAUCAAGAAACGAAGCCACAUUUGAAGAACGUGAUUUUCAAUCAUUAUUAAGAUUGGCAAAUAGUGAAAAGCGUGAUCAAUUUGAUAAGAUUGGGGCGAUGGGUGUAGGUUUUAACUCUAUUUACCAUAUAACCGAUUCCCCUGCCUUUAUUACUGGUGAUCAAUAUGUUAUUCUUGACCCACAUGAUUGGUACUUCGAUGGUGGUAUUAGAUAUAAUUUUAUUGAUGAUAAUAUUCCCGCUGAUUACCCGGAUCAAUUUGCACCUUUCACUAAUACAUUUGGCAUUCCACGUAAUAAAAAAUUAAAUGGAACUAUUUUUCGUUAUCCCCUUCGUACUGUUCAGGAUGCUAAAGAUUCAGAGAUUUCAAAAAAUGAAUAUAAUCCAACUAAACUAUUAAAUAUGUUUGACAAGUUUUAUGAAAAUGAAAGCAUUAAUUGCCUUCUUUUCUUAAAAUCCGUUGAAUCCAUCAAAUUCUUUGAGUUGAAAGAAAAUGAGUCUACUCCAAAUUUACUCUACUCAAUAGAGAUCGUAAAUGCAAAACAAAUACGCAAAAAGCGCGGCUUGGUUGAUAGAAGUAUUAGUUCUUUGAUGAAGGAACUUGGCGAACAAAAACUUUCCGAUAAUUCUGCUUUGGAAUCGGUAUUUGUGGUGACUUUUCGUCAACAAAAAGGCGAUGAAGAGCCACGAGAAAGUCAAUGGAUUAUUUUUGGUUGGCUUGGUGAUUUAAAAGCUACUGCUACUUAUUUCAAUGAAACUUUUAAGAAGAAAAUAAUUGAUUAUAAGCUUAUUCCCAAUGUUGGAAUUGCUGUUCCACUUAAUGAUCCUGAAGCUAUUGGAAGAUUAUUUUGCUUUCUCCCUCUUCCUAUAUUAAUGCCUUUUCGUGUUUCCGUGCAUGGUCAUUUUGCUGUCAGCACAAAUCGACGUUCAUUAUGGUCUGCUGCCGAUGGCGAAGAUUUGGCUGAGGGUACAUUAGCCAAGCUCAAGGUUUUGUGGAAUCAAUAUCUUUUCAAUGUUAUACUUCCACAAGCUUGGGCAAAAUUUUUAGUCCACCUUCCUAUCGAAGCACCUGAAAUUAAUGCCAAUGAAUUCUACAGUUUCUGGCCAAUUAUUAAAGGAUCUGGUCCUGGCGAUCUUGUUAAUAAUCAAUCUAAAAAUCUUUUAUUUUAUACUAUUGAAAAUCUCAAGGUUGCUGAUAAAGUUUUUUGUGGUCCUCCAAAAUCUUGCUCGCUUGGAAAUGUAUCUGAUAUAUUAUCAUCAUGUCAAAAGAUUUUCACGCCCUGUGGAACUACGUUUCAUUUAUUGUCGAUAGAAAGUGGUUUCCUUCCUGAUGAAUCUGCUCAUUCUGAUAUCUUAAGAAUUAUCGAAAGUAUAGGAUUCCCUUUAAUUAACAUUGAUCCUAAAAUAUAUGAAGAGUUGAAAUGGUCUUGUCAUAAAGAUUCUUUAAAUGUUUGCUCUCCACAUUUUGUAAGAAUGUAUCUUCAUCAAAACAAAUCAAAAUGGGAAAGCUUAAAACGAGAUGAUAUUAUAUCGUUAUUUGAAUAUGUACUCAAAGACAAUAAUUAUACCGAAUUAAAUGGUCUUACAAUGAUUCCAUUAUCCGAUGGAACUUUUGGAACAAUUUCACAACAGAAAAAACAUUAUUUUGGAAUUAAAUCAAAAUCGAGAAGUUUGACCUUUUAUAUUGGACCUGAUUGUAAUAAUUCCAUUGGUGAUAAUGAUGAACGAAAUAUCUUUGCAAAUAAUUUAAAUAAAUUUAUUGACAAAAACAUUCCUAAUGAGCUAUGGAAUCUACUAUACGAAGGUGCCCAAGAAGAAUGGGACCUCAAUAUUAAAAUCCUAGUCCCAUCCGUGGUAGCCAACAUGAUUACGGAAGAAUUAAAUGGAUAUUCAGCUGGAUGUGAUGAGAUUUCGUUGGGUGAUUCUUUUGAAUGGGUUUUUAAAAUUUGGGAUAAUUUUAAAGAAAGAGAUUAUGAUCUGAUGGAAUUUGAGGACAUUCAUAUAUUGCCAACUAAUAAUGAAACUUUGAGAAAAUUAAAAACCAAUCAGAAAUGUUUUUGGAAUAGUGUAAAUAAUAAACUUGACAAUGACGUGCAACCUCUUAUUGAAAAACUUGGUAUCGUUUUUGUUGAUAAACAAUUUGAAAAACGUGUUACUUAUAGCCGAUCAAAGUUAUCAAAAUACGUAAUUGGUCUUGAAAAUUUAACAGAAGUUUUGACUUGCUUAAAUGUGGUUGAUACAUUUCCGAAAAAUGUUCAGAUAAAAUUACAACCUCAGGAUGCAGAAAUAUUGAUUAAUUACUUGCGUUGUUUAUCUCCUGACAAUUCCAUUAACAAUAUUGUCAAAUAUCUUCCAAUUUUUUCCGAAGUCGGUAAAGAAGAUCUUAUCCCACUUAGUCCUAGCAGGAGAAUUUGGUAUUUGCUUCCAUCUGAAGACGAGAAAAAUUUUGGAAAAAUAAUUGCACCGGAUACAGUGGGAUUUCUUGAUACAUCAACACCCAACAAAAGAUUUCUUUUAGAAAGUAUCAUAAAAGUUAAACGAUUAUCACAACAAGAAUAUUGGACUAAAUUUGUGAUCCCACAUUUGGGAAGUCAAACGCCAGCAACAAUUGAAAUUGUGAUUAUGAAACUUUUUGAACGUUUACAACUUCUCCUUUCAGAAAAUUCAAACCUAAGAAUUGAUUUAGGAAAUAUAGCGUUUAUUCCAGCAAGUACAUUUCAACAAAAAGAAAAACAAGGAACUCAUGUUGAAUUAAAAAAACCUACAGAAUUAUUUGAUCCAGAUAAUUAUUAUUUUUCAGAAUUAUUCUUUGAUGAUGAACGUCUAUUUCCUGCCAGAAAUUUUUCUGAAAAGUUUCGUGACAACUUUUUGACAUCAUUAAAAUUGUUGGGAAUGAAAUCAAAUCUUUCUUCAUCUGAUAUUAUUCAACGACUAGAUGUGCUUGCCAAACGAAGAAAGGAUGAAUUUGAUAUAGUGCAUAAAAAAUCUCUGAAACUAGUUCAAUAUAUUGAUCAAAACUAUUAUACACUUUCACUGACUAGUCGACAACCAUAUAACAUGCCACAAUUAUUUGCUACAACUAAUAUUGAUCUUUUGUCAAUAUUACAAACCAGAGAAUGGAUUCCAACAGUUGAUUUUACGGGUAAAAAACAAUUUUCUAAAGCCAAUGAAUGUCGAAGUACAAAGCAUAAGAAUUUGGUUGGAUUAGUAAUGCCAAUUAUAGAAUAUUAUUUUGAUAACAAAACUUUUAUGAAAGAUAUGCAAUGGGAUUCUAAUCCACCUGCUGAUAUAGUUAUUGCUCAACUUAAAGCAUUCGUAAUUGAACUUGAGAAAAACUUGGGUAAAUCAGUAAUCAUCGAACUUCCCUAUGCAUUUAAAAAUUAUAAAGAAUUAUUUAAAGAAAUGGGAGUUAGACAGAAAAUAGGUAUUCUAGAUUUAAUAAACGUUAUAAAAGAAUUUCACUCGAAUGAAGUUAAUACUGUAAAGACAUUAUCGAACGAAGAAUUGCAGAAAGUAGUAUCAAUUAUUGAAUUAAUAGCAAAUAGAGUUAAUGAGAAAAAUGAUUCUAGUGAAAGUUUAAAAGAUUUAUUGGUGCCAAGUACAGAUUGUCAUUUGGUGAAUUUAUAUGAAAUUUAUUAUGAUGAUAUGAAGACAAGAUUAAAUGAGGAUGAGAAAAAUGAAUUAAAAAUAGUUCAUUCUUUAAUUUCUUAUUCUGUUGCAAAAAUUCUUGGAAUGAAAAUGCUUGCUGGAAAAUUUAUUGAUUCUGAGACAAAUAAUAAUUAUGGAGAAGUUUACGAGCAAAAUGAGCAAUUAGCU